AUGGCAUUUGCUCACGCGUACAUGAUUUACUUCGCGCAUAUGAAGAAUGAUCAAGGAGGGGACCGACCGCGUGACCCGCGCCAUAUCUACGCGAACCCGCUACAACCAAGUAUUUGUCCAAUUGUGGCACUAGGUAUAUAUUGGGCGGUUUCUAAUUUUGGCGACGGCGAUCUCCUUUUUCCUGGCAGUAACCAAUACGAGCGAUUUCGGAAGUGCUGGCUGCGUCUACUGGCGCAAGAGAGUGUCGCGACGGAAUUGCAGCGCCAAGGGAUUGUCGCUACUGAGCUGGGGACUCACUCUAUGCGGAAAGGAUCAGCGACGUGUUCAAAACACCUACCUCCGAUAUGA